UGAUUGCUCCACCAAGAGUAUCGAUGGGAUGACACAGAAAUGGACGAAAUUAGCUCAACCCCAACUCUUCUGAACAGCAAAAAAACCAUCAUCGCCAAAGAUUUGUCUCCAGAGUCUAUUUCUAAGACCAAUAGCUUUUUAAAAAAUAUGGGUGUCUUCAACCUUACUUUUCCUGCCCAGUAUGAUACUAAGGACUCUUUCUCUGAACUCACCCGUUGCUGCCUCAAGGUCCAACACAUCCACCGUGGCAAGAUUUCCUGUUUUCUCUCUGUUAAACCUCCUAUAAUGAAUAUCUAUGGUUCACUGCACGGAGGAGCUGUAGGAGAUGUAACAGUAAGGAUAGCAACUGCUUGUGCCCAAACUAUUGUUGGAAAGGAUAAAGAGCUCUUUCUUGGAGAAUUGAGCAUAUCUUAUCUCUCCGGUGCUCCUCGAAAUGCAGAAGCAAUAGUUAAUGCAACCGCUAUUAGAAGUGGAAGAAACUUGACUGUAGUUGCAGUGGAUUUUAGACUUAAGGAUUCUGAGAAACUGAGUUACAUCUCUCAUGCAACGUUCUAUCACAUGCCCGUAGCAAGUUUAUGAACUAGACUUGAUCCAACACAUUAAGUCGAGACAUCCUGGUAGAAAGACCAGAUAAGUCACAACGUUGAGGGAUUACAAGAGUUUCACGAUUUUAUCAGAAUUGGGAAAAGUUCAGCUGUGUUGCUGGAGCAAAGAUAUAUCUGUUUCCCUGUUUGCUGUAUUUAGAAACGAUUGUGUAGAUAAAGUUGUGUGCCAAAUAGUGAUAAUAUGUGGGCAGAGGCAUAUAAGUGAUGGCAUCAUAGUCCUGUUACAAACUCAGUAAUGCAAUAACACUCUUGUUAAGAACUGAGCAUUGA